CGCACGCACGCACCCAGCGCGCUCUCGCUUUUCAGCUGGAGAGGUUUUGCGCACCUCCUCAAUAACAGACACAUACGCGUUUCGCGCAUUAAUCAGCGUUCAACAUGGCACUUCACAAGACUUUCCUGCGUCUCGGCCGCAAGAAUCUGCUCCAGCACACGUGCAAACAGCUUUCCCUGCAAACCCGCGGGCUGCACAAGACCAGCGGCUCCGUGGAGCUUACGCACAGUCCGGCUGAUCUGAAAGACGACACGGUGAAACCAUCCGAGGAUGUGCUGGAUGUGGCCAAUGCGAAGAGCCUCAAGGAUAUGCCCGGACCCAGCACUGUCGCCAACCUCAUAGAGUUCUUCUACCGGGAUGGCUUCAGUCGCAUCCAUGAGAUCCAGAUGGAGCACUCUCAGAAGUACGGCAAGAUCUUCAAAUCUCGAUUUGGACCUCAGUUCGUGGUGUCCAUCACUGACAGAGACAUGGUGGCUCAUGUUCUCCGUGCUGAAGGUGUGGCGCCGCAGCGGGGUAACAUGGAGUCCUGGAAAGAGUACAGAGACAUGAGAGGACGGUCCACCGGACUCAUCUCAGCCGAGGGUGAAGAGUGGCUGAAGAUGCGCAGCGUCCUGCGUCAGCUGAUCAUGCGGCCGCGAGACGUGGCUGUUUUCGCUCCUGAUGUCAACGCCGUAGUGGAGGAUCUGGUGAAGAGAAUAAAGACUAUGAGGAGCCAGCAGACCGACGGCCAAACUGUUGAAAACAUCAAUGAUCUGUUCUUCAAAUAUGCCAUGGAAGGUGUGGCAACCAUUUUGUACGAGGCUCGUCUGGGCUGUUUGGAGGAGGAUAUUCCCAAGAUGAGUCAGGAGUACAUCGCGGCGCUGCAUCUCAUGUUCAGCUCUUUUAAGACCACCAUGUACGCCGGUGCCAUUCCCAAAUGGCUGCGUCCCAUCAUUCCCAAACCCUGGGAGGAGUUCUGCAGCUCCUGGGACGGCCUCUUUAAAUUCAGCCAGAUUCAUGUAGACCGAAAGCUUUCGGAGGUUAAAAGAAAGAUGGAGAGAGGCGAAGAGAUUAAAGGAGGCUUGUUGACUCACAUGCUGGUCACCAGAGAGAUGAGCGUGGAGGAUAUUUACGCAAACAUGACAGAAAUGCUCCUGGCCGGAGUGGACACGACCUCAUUCACGCUGUCGUGGAGCACGUACCUUCUGGCAAGACAUCCCAUGGUACAGCAGCAGAUCUUCGAGGAGGUGGAGCGUGUGUUGGGUGGGCGUGUCCCGACCGGAGAGGAUGCUGCUAAUUUGCCUCUGAUUAGAGGGCUUGUCAAAGAGACGCUCAGGCUUUUCCCUGUUCUCCCUGGAAAUGGACGUGUCACACAGGACGAUCUAAUCGUUGGAGGUUACUUAAUUCCUAAAGGGACUCAGCUGGCUCUGUGUCAUUACUCCACUUCCAUGGAUGAGGAGAACUUCCCCCGUGCCGAAGAGUUCCGGCCAGAACGCUGGCUCCGCAAGGACUCCACCGACCGCGUGGACAACUUCGGCUCCAUCCCGUUUGGCUACGGUAUCCGCAGUUGCAUCGGCAGGAGAAUAGCCGAGCUGGAGAUGUAUUUGGCCCUCACACAGCUCCUUCAGAAGUUCCACAUCAAGGUGUCUCCUGAUGCCACUGACGUGCUUGCUAAAACCCAUGGCCUCCUCUGUCCGGGUGCACCCAUCAACCUUAGGUUUGUGGACCGAGAUUAAUCUGCCAUCAACCGACGUGUAAAUAUAAACCAUAAUCCAGCCGGAAGAUGCUCUGAAGAUUAUUGCUGUCAUUGUGUCACAGUGUUUCUUCCAACUUCUAUCCAGCCAUGUGUGGAGUUUUUCAAUAAUUCAAUGCUUCUGUAAUGUUAAGAAUGUACUGAUAUUUUCAAACUGUAUAGAACUGGUACUUUUUUAUCAACUCUAAUCUAUUAAUCUAUACAAAUGACAUGAAUGGUAUUUACAUUUUCUUGUCUUUAAAAUGCUAUGAAGAUUUGUAUAUAGAUGUAUUUACGA